AUGUCUUACAAAACAUCAAGUAUUUCUAAAAUAGGGAGUUACUAUCAAUUUUAAACAGGUAUUAUGGAAUUCGAUGUCGUGCUUUUCUAUUGAUCGUGUUUGUGCCCGUCGCAAAAUUGCCCUCAACAUAAAGGAAAUCAAUCAAAGAAUAGAUGAUAUUGUGGAGGAGAAAGCGAAAUAUCAUUCGCUGUCGAUGUCAAUAAGUAACACAAUCAAUCAUCCUCAACAACGGCCAGAAACUUCAUCUUUUGUGGAUGUGUCAAAACUAUGUGGUCGGGAUAAGGAGAAGGCAGACAUACUAAACUAUUUGUGGGGAGGGAGUGGUGAAGAGGAGGCUGGUGAAGUAAUCCCUACCAUAUCUAUAGUAGGGAUGGGGGGAUUAGGAAAGACAGCUCUUGCACAACUGAUAUAUAAUGACAAUGAAGUUAAAAAGCAUUUUGACAGGGUAAUCUGGGUUUGUGUCUCUGACCUUUUUGAUGAGAAAAAAGUUGCAAGGGCAAUCAUUCAAGGGCUUGAAAAACUUGGUGAUGGUGCUGCAUACGGUCUAGAAUCAAAUCCAUUGCAGUUCCUUUUGGAAAGGAUUUCUAACUCUAUCCAGGGAAUGAAAUAUUUUCUUGUUUUAGAUGAUGUUUGGGAUGGAAAUAAAGGUGAGAGGUGGGAAGGACUGAAAACCACUUUCAAAUUUGGUGCCCCAGGAAGCAGAAUUUUGGUUACUACACGCGAUGUUACAGUUGCAAAAAUGAUGGGGUCCUCUUCCUCACAAAUCAUUUUUCUGGAGAAAUUGACUGACGAGCAAUGUUGGUCAGUAGUUAAACAUAUUGCAUUAGAAGGAAGGGAUGAUCAGAAUUUGGAGAAAAUUGGGAGGGAAAUUGCAGAGAAGUGUAAGGGGUUACCGCUUGCUGCAAAAACUCUAGGAAGCCUUUUAAAGAAUUGGACGUGCUUGUGGCGAGGAGAGAUUUCGAAUGUUGAGUGAUGGGCUUUCUUCUAUUGUUGGUGAAUUAGGAAGCUGUUUCCAAUCUACGAAGGUUGUUUUAAUUUCCAGUUAUUUUGUAUUAGGAAGGUUGUGUCAACUUCCACUUAUUUUGUAUCAGGAGUAUUAUGUACAAGAAUUAUCAAUUAGGGGCUCGAAACUUAUCGUGCGUGCCACUUUCAUUUUCUAUCUU